AUGGUUACCUCAACCUGGCGGGGCAGCAAAGGCCUGCAAGUAGACAUCUCCGCGGAGACCGAAGAUGAGUUUGCAGCGGACGAUCUCCUCUCCCCGCAAGCCCCGGGAGGAUUCAGCGGGCUGUCCAUGGGAUGGGGGAAGCUGCCGACGGGGGACGACUUGGUGCUGGAGGGGGAGCUGGAGAAGCAGACUCUGGAGCUGACUUGGCGGCCGAGGUAUGUAGCGCUCGGUAGAGACGCCAUCUCCUUCGCGCGGAGACCAGGGGCAGAAGUCUCGGACGUGAUCCCGAUCAUGGACGUGGUGACGGUCUCGAUGGAGCAUGAGGAAGAGUUCCUCGCGCAUGCCCGCGCUGACAAGAAGCAGUCCUCCAGCACGUUCAUGCUGGGGAACGUGGGAGAGACCCCUCCCUCGAAGGCACGGGUUUUCAACAUCUUCACAGUGGCAAACGGGUUCAAUAGCGGGAGGACCUACACCCUCCGAGCUUCCAGCAACGAGGCGUGCAUGCUGUGGUCGCGUGCUAUCCAGGACUGCAAGAGGCAGGAGGAGAAGAGGCUCAAGUCCAUGCAGGGGAAGCGGUCGAGACUUCAGUACCGUGUCAGGACGAUCUACACGUCCUCUCCCGUCCAGUUUUUCCUUGCCUUCCUCAUCAUGUUCAACUUUCUCGUCAGUGUUUUCAACUACCAGCUGCUCCCAACGAGCGGGAGCAGCACGUCCCAUGUGUUCGAUUCCCUCGAGAUCUUCUUCAUAGUCAUCUUCUCCUUGGAGCUCGUCGCAAACCUGAUAUCAACCGGCCCCCUUUCCUUCUUCCUGGACGGUUGGAAUGUCUUCGACUUCAUCGUCGUCGUGAUCUCCAUCGUUUCUCUCAUGAUCCAGAACCUCCCUGGAGUGAGCCUCCUCCGUCUCGUCCGUAUCUUUCGGGUGGUUCGUUUGUUCAAGAAGAUGCCCUCCUUGCGCGCUAUCGUUCAGUCCAUGACGUCCGCCAUCGUCCCGGUCGCCAACGCCUUCUGCAUCCUCCUCCUCUUCUCAUCUCUCUACGCGGUGAUGGCCGUGAUCUUCUUCGGAGCCGAGGACGAGGAGCUUUUCGGCAGCUUCUCUCUCGCCCUGUUCACGAUGUUUCAGAUCGCGACAGGAGACGGUUGGGUGACGAACAUCGUUCGCCCUAUGAACACUGGAGUCUUCUCCCAUGAUUUGCCGAUCAACUUCUUCUUUGUUAGCUACUACCUGAUCACGGGGAUCGUCAUGAUGAACAUCGUUGUGGCCGUGUUGCUCGAUGAGUUCGUGCAGACGACAGCAGAAGUGAAGAGCAGCAUGGCAGAGAGCAUGAUGGAGGUUUCGUUCAAGAAGGAAUCAGCGCUGGAUCCCCUCCUCUGCAACCUCGCGAGCUUCAAGACCUCGGCGGAUCUCUCCGCAAGGAUCUUAAGCUUGUACGAGAAGCUCGACCUGGACAGCAACGGAGAAAUCACGUUCAACGAGCUUGCAGAUGGCCUGAAGAAACUCACCCACAACUCGAAGGAUGCUCAGCGUCAGCUCGCUGCUGGCAUCAGCAACGAGAGUCAUGAUCACAGCAACUCAUCCACAGCAGCUGCUCUUUUCGGGCUGAAGUUGCUGAUGUUGGAGAAUCAAACCAAGCCUGCGUCGUCUGAGGGAUGCGAGAAGUUCUUCUGUGACGGUGGAAAGUGGGAAGACGACACAGAGAGCAACAGGCAGUUGUUGGAUCGAGUGAAGAAGCUCGAGGAGCAGGUGGCCGAACUCUUGGCAGCGUCGGAGAGAAGCGACAUACUACGAGUGAAGAUCGAACGACUGCUGAGCUUGAAAGGGAUCAGCAUGCCGGAGACCAACGGGAAGGAGCUGGAGCUGGAGCUGGAGCUGGAGCUGGAGCUGGAGCUGGAGCUGGAGCUGGAGCUGGAGGAGCUGGAGGAGCUGGAGGAGCUGAAGCUUCUACUGCUGCUUCUGCUACUGCUGCUUUUCCUCCUCCUCCCGCAUCUUUGGCCUCAAUCAAUUCGCAUCGCCUUCUGA